AUGGCACCCUUGAACAAGCAUACAAGAAUCAAUCACCCUUUCAUGGAAUCCCAAGUUUCUCAUUAUACUCGACAGAUUUUGCAGGGUCUGAAGUAUGUUCAUAGUUGUAAUGUGAUUCACAGAGAUCUUAAAUGUGCAAACAUAUUGGUGACCGAAUCUGGAAACAUAAAACUUGCUGGUUUUGGUUUGUCUAUUAUGGAAGAUAGCCAGUCUUUGAAGCCUGGCUCGAGAAGUUCAUAUUGGAUGGCUCCGGAAAUUGCUAAUCGUAGAAGUGGAAGAUGGAUCAUAAAUUUUAUUUGGAGAGCGUGCCUCAAUGUCCUUCCCGCCAAGGAUAACUUGGAAAAGAGAGGAGUGCAGGUUAAGAAUAUGACGGGAACACCAGCCCUGGAGAUUGAGCAUCAAAAUUCUUUGGUGUGUCCUCCCCAUCUGAUAUCGGGGAAGCUCUACUACAAUGGGAAGUGCCCGUUUCAGCAGCUGCGUGCAGAUUGCUUAGGCCCCACGGAGGAAACUUUCUUCAAUGUAACUGAUGAUAAUCCUAAGCAUCAAACUCAAUUUGAACAUGCAUUUAUCUUAAAACCCCAGCUUAUGGCCAGAUGUUGCACGAAAAACCUCCAAUCUGGUUUCCGUCAUGCCAGGAUUUGCAAGGGAACUGAUGCCAAUCAGCAUUUACUUUCCACCAUCCAUGCCAAGAGCUACUUCAAGAAAUAUGUAUGA